ACCGUCCUCCUGCUGUCUUCUUCUCGCUUCCCCCCGGAGUGCCGCGCGGCGCGCGAGGGGCGCGCGGGAUGGGGACGCGGCGCUUCCUGGCGGAGGCUGCGCGGCGGGUCGGGGGGGCCUGCCCGGCCCAGGCGCGGUUCCUGCUAUGGACACUCAGCAACAUAGAAGGCAAAAAUGAAAACCAAGCAGGGCAAGUGUGCCCUUUCUGUUUUCAAGUUCUUCUCCCCGGCAACCACAGGGUACGUCUAAAGCCCAAAAUGAGAAUGACACCACAGAUACAGAAGUUACUCUGUCUAGAAGCAAAGAAAUACAAACUCAGUUUCAAACAAGGAAAGGUGCUGAAGAGGUACAAAGAAACAAAAAACGUUCUGCUAAUCACUUGCAAUAUGUGCAGGAAGACAACAAGGCAUUAUGGAAAAAGCAGAGAAUGUUGGAGGAAGAAAAUGUUUUUUGAGACUCCGACACAUUCGAAUAAAACCACACCUUUCAGCCACAGCAAUUCAGGAUCUCAAAGAAAAAAACUGUCACCAGGCUCCAGAACUUCUACACCUGGGCAAUCAACCCCUCAUUUCUCCUCCAGCAGUCCCAGAAAUGCCAAAUCUAAAUUCUCUCGAUUGAAAAAACUGCUUAGCCUUGAAGAACAUAAAAAAAAUGAUAAAGGGGACUUCAAGAACUUCUUAUCAUCACUUUGAAAUCUUCGUAUCUGUAUCACCUCAGCCUUGGCAUCCACAUCCAUGUCUGAAAGCCGAGGGCGUUGACUAAGUAAAUGUUCUGCAGAUGUCGCUCAAGUCCACAUGGGAACAGAAAGCUGCAAAGGAGACUUGAAGUCUAGUGGGAUGCACCUUCACUUGGAGUGGACCAGGCAUUUUUGCCCUACUAUAAGCUAAUUUGAUGGCCAGUGUAACCCGAGAAGGAGAUUGUGUGGAAACCACCUUUCCUUUUCGUGUGCCCUGGUAGCAAAUAAAGAAGAAGAAGAGUUUGGA